UUUUCGCAUUGCGUUGCCUGUUCCGCACUAUAAUUUUACAAUAAGCGAUUAGCAUUAUUAUUUCUGAAGCUAAAUUUCUGUUAUUUUUAAGUAAAUCUGGUUCCCUAUUAAACUCCAAUGCAAUUUUUGGCCAGUAUACACUAUUGACCCUUGGCCAGUAAAUAAAAGGAAGAUAAUCUGAUAAUUAUUUUAAAAUCAAUUAUUUUUUACCAAAUUAUUUUUCAAAAAACUAAAAAUCUAUUAAUUUAUUUAAAUCUUACAUCAUUUAGCUAAAUACAAGCGCAAUCCUUAUUGCAAUCAAAUAAGCGGAUUGCAUCAUUUCCCCCCUUUACCUUUCAUUCCCAACAUUCCCCCAUUGCUUCUGUUUUAAAAAAAGCUUUUUCUAUAAAGCUAAAAACAUUAUAUAUUUAUUUCAACAUUCUCUUUUAUCUAAGCAUUAUUAGAGAGCUGCUUUUCCUCAUUCUGUCUUUCUCACUUGUCAUUUUCCCAUCAGCUAUUUUUUGGCCAAAUAUUAUCUUCUCUGUUUAUUUAUUUAAAGCUGUAAAAAUAUUAAAUUACUUAAUAAUUUUAAAUUUAUUUAAAUAAGAAAUUUUAUAUUAAUAUUUUAGAGAAAAAAUAUUUAAAAAUUCCUUCCUUCAUUCCCUUUUUUAAAUAAUUAUUUUUUAAAUUUUCUCAUUUAUUCUAUUAAAAUUUAAAUUAUUUCGAAUUUAAUUUAGAAAUUAUUUUAAUUAGUAGUCAUUUUUCUCCCCAAAAAUGACUCUUCCUCGAAAAUCUUCCAAUUCCUCUUCACUCUCUUCCAAUUCAAAAGCUAAAUGGUUACGUCAAAAUGCUCUUUUAACUUUAACUAUUGGGGCUGUAUUUAUCGGAGUUUUGGUUGGGUGUGUUGGUCGUUUGGGGGAACCUAGUGCUAAUACUGCUAGAUUUGUUGGAUUUCCUGGAGAGUUGUUAAUGAGAAUGCUUAAAUGUGUUAUCCUUCCACUCAUUUCAUCUUCUCUAAUUACUGGUCUUGCACAACUUGAUGUUCGUCAAUCGGGUAGAAUGGGGGCUUUGGCUAUUUUAUAUUAUUUGGCUACUACUGGAAUUGCUGUUACUACAGGCAUAAUUCUUGUAAUUGCAAUACACCCAGGCAAUCCUGCCCAUUACCCUGGACAACAAACUACCAAAAAUCAGCCAAUUAUAAGUAUGGCAGAUACUUUAAUGGAUUUAAUUAGAAAUAUAUUUCCCGAUAAUUUAAUACAAGCAACAAUGCAACAAACACAAACAAAAAUUGAGAGAAUUAAUGGAUCUGAUGGAAUUUUAAUUGAAAAAUAUAAAUUGGGGCAUACUGAUGGAAUGAAUAUUUUAGGUUUAAUUGUUUUUUGCAUUGCUUUUGGUAUAGUAUUGAGUCAAUUAGGACCUAGAGGUCGUCCUAUGGUUGACUUUUUUGCAAUUCUUGAUUUGGUCAGUAUGCGUUUAGUUUCUUUAAUUAUGUGGUAUUCACCAAUUGGUAUUUCUUCUUUAAUUGCUAGUAAAAUUCUUUCUGUUGAGAAUCUCACUGACACAGCUAAUAGUUUAGCAAUGUAUUGCUUAACAGUCAUUAUUGGUCUAUCAAUCCAUUCACUCAUCUCCCUUCCAUUGCUUUAUCUCUUCCUAACAGGCAAAAAUCCUUUUGUUUUUGCCAAAGGUUUACUUCAAGCAAUGGCUAUUGCUUUCGGAACAGCCUCCUCUGCAGCUACAUUACCCGCUACUUUUCGUUGUUUGGAACAGAAUUUGGGCAUUGACAAAAGAGUUACUCGUUUUGUUUUACCUGUUGGGGCAACAAUUAAUAUGGAUGGAACAGCGUUAUAUGAAGCAGUUGCAACUAUUUUUAUAGCUCAAAUGAAUGGAAUGGAACUCGGAUUGGCUCGAAUUGUUGUUGUUAGUUUGACAGCUACAUUAGCAUCAAUUGGAGCAGCCUCUGUCCCACAUGGAGGUUUAGUAACUGUUGUAGUUGUUUUAACGGCUGUUGGAUUGCCUGUUGGGGAUGUUUCUUUAAUUGUUGCCGUUGAUUGGUUUAUUGAUCGUUUCCGAACGGCAAUUAAUGUUCUCGGAGAUGCUUAUGGUGCUGCUAUAGUCCAUCACCAUUCCAAGGAGUAUUUGCCCGUUGAAGGAGAUAAUUUGUUGGAUAAACAGGAAGGGGGAAGUGAAUUAAUGGCUUUACCAGAAAAUGGACGGCUUUUGGCUGAAAAGGAAAGAAUUGAAGAGAAAGGGAAAUAUUAUUCACCUUUAAGUAUUAGCCCGGCAUAA